GCCUUUACACUGGGGAUGGCUGGUAACAACAGUGUGCAGCAGCCACUGAAAAUGGAGAAACCAAACAAGAAAAAAGUGCUUUUAUUUUACUGUGUGGAAUCUCAUGAACUUGCUCACAAAAUUUCUGCUAAAUCUGACCUCAUUCAUCUCCAAUCCAUCAACUGGAGGAGUUUUGAUGACGGGUUUCCUAACUUAUUCAUAAACAAUGCACAAGAUAUCCGAGGCCAACAUGUCGCAUUUCUUGCAUCGUUCAGCUCACCAGCUGUCAUUUUUGAGCAACUCUCUGUCAUAUUUGCACUCCCAAGGCUUUUUGUUGCCUCUUUCACAUUGGUGUUACCUUUCUUUCCAACUGGUUCUUUUGAAAGAAUGGAAGAAGAAGGAGAUGUAGCUACUGCAUUUACUAUGGCAAGAAUAUUAUCAAAUAUUCCUGUAUCGAGAGGUGGUCCUACAAGCUUAGUUAUUUAUGACAUACAUGCUUUGCAGGAAAGAUUUUACUUCAGUGACCAUGUUUUGCCUUGUUUUGAGACUGGGAUGCCUUUGUUAAAGCAGCGCCUGGACCAACUUCCCGAUGUUAAUAAUGUUGUGAUUGCUUUUCCAGAUGAUGGAGCUUGGAAGCGAUUCCAUAAACAGUUAGAUCACUUUCCUACAGUUGUUUGUGCAAAAGUUCGUGAGGGUGAUAAAAGGAUAGUCCGGCUGAAAGAGGGUGAUCCUGCUGGUCGCCAUAUAGUCAUUGUUGAUGAUUUGGUGCAAUCUGGAGGUACAUUGAUUGAAUGCCAGAAAGUCUUGGCAGCUCAUGGAGCGACCAAGGUCAGUGCGUAUGUCACUCACGCAGUGUUCCCUAAAAGAUCAUGGCAAAAAUUUGUUCACACAACUGGUGAAAACUCGAAGAAGGCGUUUGAGUACUUCUGGAUUACAGACUCGUGUGCUCCUACUGUUAAAGACAUUGCAAAUACAGCUCCUUUUGAAGUCCUAAGUCUAGCAGGAUCUAUUGCAGACGCACUUCAAAUCUGAUAUAGUUGAGGUGUUUUAAAUGUGUAUUUGCUUGAUCGAAUUAAUCAGUGACUUUGUAGAGGGCAUACCGUUACCCGAAGUUUUUGACAUUUUUUCUAUCUUUUGGACAACCAUGUUAUGUAACGUCUGGCUACUCUUGAGUCUUUAGCAAGGUAAAACCUUUGGGUGUAAUUUGGUUAGGCUAUCAUGUGGUGAAAUGCAAAAAGGCAACUUAACUUUUUUCUAAA